CAGUUUGUGGAAAGUUAGAGCACAUGUUAGGAUUUGGUGAUAUUGCCAUCCCAGGUCUUUUAGUUUCUUUCUGCUUAUCAUUUGAUAAAGUUAUCAGUAUGAGGCAGAAACAUUUUCCAUCAUACUACGUUUCAUCUUUGUUUGCUUAUGGUGGAGGUCUUACCAUUGCAUUUACUAUGGCCACAAUGACAAAUGAGCCCCAGCCCGCUCUUGUUUAUCUUGUCCCAGCAAAUUUACUGAUGGUCUUAAUUGUUGGUUGGAGAAGAAGCGAACUGAAAGACUUGUGGCAAGGAAUAAACAUGGGUAUGUUGGAAGCAGUCCCAGUGACUCGUGAGGAUAACAAUCCUUUUCAGCAAGAAGAGAUAAUGACGUCAGAUGAUGAAGACGUCAACUUUGACAAGACCAAGCUGAUCAAAACAUCAACAGUUUGAUUAUUAAUCUACUUGAAGCUGUUGUUAUGAAGUAAAACAUAUGUUACAGCAUUAUUAAUAAUGUAAUUCUUGCAUGACUUCUUACAUUACAUUGUCUAUAUCACAGACAAGGCAGCCACAUUUGGUUUCUGUGGUUCUGCAGACAUUUCUGCUUUGAUAUUAUAGCUGACAUGCAAGCAAUUAUUUGCAUCUUGUUAACGUAGUUUUGUUUAAUGUAGAGAACAAAUGGCAGUACGAAGUUGAAUUGCUGAAAUAUAUUUUACUUCACUGGCAAUCCAAGACUGUCAACUUUUAUGAUAAUGCUUUUCUGUUUGUACUUCACUGGCAAUCCAAGACUGACAACUUUCAUGAUAAUGCUUUUCUGUUUGUUUUUGUCAUUGGAGGCAGUCGAACCAAUCUCUGUACUGUUUUCAUUCCUAUGCAACUCAAGUUCAGAAACCUGGCUUGGUAACAACAAAAGGCAGUCAAAUAGUAUUCAACAGGCACUAGACAAGAAAUCCAUACAGCAAUGUUGCGGCCAGAGUUAUUCUUUACAUUAAAACUUACACAUACCACUCAUUCUGUAGUUACCACGUUACUGACUGUAGCUACGUAGGGCUUCCGCUUACAUGAUACAGCAAUUCACUAAAUCAAGAGAACCUUGCCAGACAACCAAAAAUGAGAUUGUGGAUACAUCGUGUCACGAGCACGUUUGGACGCGAGUCCAUACAUUUAUCAAUCAAUAGUUUACGUCUUCUUGGAAGAUACCGCAGCGAUUGUAGAGUCAAUGUAGACCACUUGUCCUCUAGAUAUCUAGAUACCACUACAUUUCAUUCUCCGGGACGCUAAAAUCUAGUUGUAUUAGCAACAAUGGUUCAGAAUUUUUAAAAAUAUAUAGAAAUUUCUCUCGGAUUUAAUUAAAUUGCAUUUAUUGUUUCUAAAGGUAAUGGAGUGAGUUUAUGUCUGUUUCUCUGCUUUCCUCUUCUGAUUCAUAGUCCGGGACCCACACCAGGGAGUCAACACUCUGCUCCUGUUUAUGGCUGGUGCCACAAUUGUGGCCUUGGAGUGGUCUCUGAUUCCACUUUAUUACUAGUCAGUGAUAUCAGCAAAUAGACUAAGUGGCAAACUUGAAACAUCGGUUUUGACAUUACCUCGUGCAAUGACUAGGAAUAAUAGCCCUGAUAAGCUCCAAUAAACCUUACAAGCCAGGCCUGGUGCCACAAUUGGCACCAUCACCAUGGAAGCAGUAUCCUUGAGCAGCUGCAGCUGUGACGGAGUACAUAGAAUGUCUUUGC